AUGAAGCACCGGGUUAUCCUCGUUAAUGGCGGAGUUGAAAGAAACAUAGCAGCAAUACACAGCAUGGGCGACGAUCUAGUGCCGCCCUUGAAGCUCUUUCGCGACCCUCUUCUGGUGAUUCCUGAUGAAGAGCCUGCGCCUGUGAACCCUCCAAAAAUGACCAGAAAAAAGGCAGAGAUACUCGAGUACGAAGAGCCAGAGGACAUACAGAUGCGAAAAGAAGAGAGAAUCCCGUGGCUGCUCGAGGACAGCGAGCAGAGGGCGUUUGUUGGAAGAAAGAUGCAAACAAAAGUGUCAGAGUCUUCGAAAAGCGCGUACUAUGCGAUGAUAAAAGAUAAAAACGACAUAAAACUCUACAAAAUCAGCAAGUGGUACAAGUUUUCUCCAAAAAUCCAGUAUGAAACACUGACUCUGGAGGAGGCAGAGGAAAGAAUGCAGAAAAGAACAAAGGACACAAACACAGAGAAAGACGCGCCGAAGAGGCAAGUUGAAGAGUACAAAGAAGACGAGCUGGAGUACAAAGAAGUGUUUGAUGACGACGAUGGCGAGGUUGACGUAGAAAGAACAGUAACGCCGGAAAGAAAGAAGAAAAAGCUGGACUCUGCUGGAAAAGACCUGAAAAAGCUUGUAAAGAACUACGAAGACUACGAGUCCAAGUCGUCAAACGAAGAGUCGUCCACGGACGAGGCAGAGAUGGAAGAGACAAACAGGGAGAUAACUGAAACAGACAUAAAGAUGCAUCUUUAUGCAGGCCCUAUCUCCAUCAAGAGUCUAAUAGAAAAGUUCAAGAACCGGUUUAGAAACAACCCAAAAUCAAAAGAAACCUUCAGGAUGCUCGUUAAGAAGAUGUGCGUGAUAAAAACAGACGCCAAAACAGGAGACAAAGUCCUUGCCCUUAAAGAGAACGAAGAAUAG